UAGGCGUGUAUGUAAACUAGGGUGUCGCCGAGGUGGCUGUAUUCGAAGGCGACAGUCUAUUCGACUAAUCAUUUGACAAAACAAAUAAUGUGAUAAGAUCGGUAAUUUGACCUCCAAAAAUUUAUAAUUCUUCUUGAUCGAGAGUCCCAAAAUGUUUGGAAUAGCGGGGUAUGCCGAUCAGUUUAAUGAGCUCGGUGGUAGUUUGAAGAAAGAGUAAGUCGGGGAGCCAUUUUGUCUCGGCAGGGUGAGAGAAAGAAAAGGGGAAUCACACGGGAGAAUAUACUUUUUUAUUCACAUGCUGUAAGAGAAACGGUUCUGUUUUUGGAAAUAACAUUAGUUACACAUCGGAUACGGUUGCGACACUCUACCCUCUGCGAUAUUUAGUUAACUUAUCAAACUAACUCGGACAUCAACAAUAUCAUAAUCACAGGCUGAUAUUCCACCUCUCUGCUCGUAACUCGCGCUGCCUCUCUAGACCUGCGGGAGAUAGUUUAACGUCUGUCCGGUGAACACAUCUGGUUUGUCGAUGGCGAAGAAGACCUACGACCUGCUCUUCAAGCUCCUGCUGAUCGGGGACUCGGGCGUGGGGAAGACCUGCGUGCUGUUCCGCUUCUCAGACGACGCCUUCAACACCACCUUCAUCUCCACCAUAGGAAUAGACUUCAAGAUCAAAACUGUUGAACUCCAAGGAAAGAAGAUCAAACUACAGAUAUGGGACACAGCUGGUCAGGAGAGGUUCCACACCAUCACCACGUCCUACUACCGAGGCGCCAUGGGCAUCAUGCUGGUCUAUGACAUCACCAACGCCAAGAGCUUCGAGAACAUCAGCAAGUGGCUCCGCAACAUCGACGAGCAUGCCAACGAGGACGUGGAGAGAAUGCUGCUAGGCAACAAGUGUGACAUGGAGGACAAGAGGGUGGUACCAAAAGCCAAGGGAGAGCAGAUUGCCAGAGAACAUGGUAUUAGGUUUUUUGAGACGAGUGCCAAGGCCAACAUCAGCAUCGAGAAGGCUUUCCUCACGCUAGCAGAAGACAUCCUCAGGAAGACGCCCGUCAAAGAGCCCAACAGUGAAAACGUGGACAUCAGCGGUGGGAGUGGAGUCACAGGAUGGAAGAUCAAGUGCUGCAGUUAGAACAGCCCUCUGUCCCUCCCUCACACACACUGACAUGCACACUCUUUAUCUCUAGUAGCUAACUCUCUAACACUCAUCCCCUCGAUCUUUUGUCAUCAAUUCUCUUGACCAAUUCUCUCUUGUCCCCUAUCUCUCUCUUCUCCCCUGUCCCCUCGCUCUCUCUCUCUCU